AUGACGGAUACUCUUUUAACCGAUUUAUCUUCUCAAUAUGAAGAUAAAAAUGUUAAUACAUAUAAUGAAAAUAAUGAUCAAAUAAGUAUUCCACUUGUUAUUGUUGAUACAACAACAACAACAACAACACCAUCAGUUAGAAAAGAUUCGAUCGUUAUUCCAUCAAUAUCAAAUAAUUCAUUAUCAUCAAGUGUUAUUCAAAUUGAAAAUAAUAAUACACUUUUACCUGUUUGUACAUCAAAUAGUCUUGGCGAUCUGAGUUCAACUCCACUACUUACAUUAGAUAAUCCAACAUCUAAUUCACCAGUAUCAUCAACAAUUAAUCAACAAGAUGAAUCAAUAAUACCGACAACAUUUAUUCAAUGUCGAUCAUUUCCAUCAAGUAGUUCAUCAUCAUCAUCAAAAUCUUCAGCAUCAAGUCAAUCACAACAGGUUUUAAUAACACAUGAAUCUUUAAAAAAUGAACCAGAAACUGAAAUUAAACCUAAAAUAUCUUUACCAUCAAAAAAAUCAGCUGCACCUCCACCACCACCACCAAUUGAAUCAUUUCCAUCAAAACGUACAGUAUCUCAAUCAGCAGUUGAAAAUAUUUUUCAUUCUGAACAAAAUAAUUAUUCAUCUGAUCAAUUACAUCAAUCUCGUCGUUUAUUAAAUCGACAAAAUCAUCAACGUCAUGGUAGUGCUGAUCUUUUAUGUCGUCAAAUAAAUCAUGAAUAUAUGAAUCGAUCAUCAACAACAAAUUCAUCAUUUUAUCCAUCAGAAAAUAUUAUUUCAAAACAAAUAAAUUAUUAUGAUUAUGAUCAAAAUAUAUCUUAUGUUGAACAAUUAGAACAUGAAUUAAAAAUAAUAAAAGAACAAUUAAAUGCAACAAUGAAAAGUAUUAAAACAUUUUGGAGUCCAGAAUUAAAAAAAGAACGAACAUUAAGAAAAGAUGAAUCAUGUCGAUAUCAAUUAUUAAUUAAUGAACAUCAAAAACGUAUUAAACAAGAUACGUAUAUACAAUCUCUUGAAAAUCAAUUAAAACAAAUGCGUGAUGAACUUGAAAAAUCUCGUCAUAAUCCACAUUAUGAAUUAACAUCUAUUCCAUCAACAUUUUCCAUUCCAGAACAACAACCGUCCAUUGAAACAAAUACAUUAUUACAAAAACAAUAUCAAGAUAUUAAAGAUAAAUUAGAACAACGUAUUAAUGAAUUACAUUUAAAAGAAAAUGAAUGUGUUACACUUAAAGCUAAAGUUGAUACAUAUGAAAGUAAAGAAAAAGAUUUACAACAUUAUAUUAGUAUACUUAAAGAAUCAAUUUUAAUCAAAGAUCAACAAGUUAAUAUGAUACAAUCAGAAAUAAAUGAUCUUCGUACAAGACUUAAAGAAAAAGAUUCAAUUAUUGAAAAGAAAAAUUCAAAAAUUCAAUCAACACGUCUUGAUCGUCAACAAUGUGAAUAUGAUUUACAAGAAUCUAAACAACAAUUAGAUAUUCGUGAUAGAAAAAUAAAUGUAUUAAAUAGAAAAAUAGAAAAUCUUGAAGAACAAUUACGUGAUAAAUCAACACAAAUAGCAUUAACACGUGCAAAAUUAACAGCUGUAACAACAACAGCUUCAACAAUUAAUGUUCAACAACAAACAUCAAUAACAACAAAUACACUUGUAUCAAAUCUUGAAACAACAAUUGGAGAAAAAGAACGUUUAAUUGAAAAAUUACGAGAACAAAAACAUACAUUAGAUAUUGAACAUCAAGAAGAAAUUGAACAAUUACAAAAAACUUUAAAUGAUACAAGAUUAAAACUUGAACAAAAAGAAAAAGAUUAUUAUGAAGGACAGAAUCAUAUAAUUGAAUUAAAUGAACAAAUUAAUAAUGCUAAAUCUCUUUUACAACGUCGUGAAAUACAUAUUCAAACUCUUGAACAACAAAUAAUAAAUUUAAAACAAAUUAAAAUUGAUUCAAGUGAUACAACGAAAUUAGAAUAUGAAAAUCGUUCAUUACAAGAUCGUUUAUCAUCAUAUGAACUUGAACGUACAGAAAUGAAACGAGAAAUUGAAUGGAUGCAACAAGAAUUUGAACAACAAAAAAAUUUACCAUUAUCAACAAUGAAUGAUUCAAUUGAACAAGAACAACAAUAUGAAUUAACAUUAAAUAAAAAACAACAACGUAUUGAAGAACUUGAACAAGCUGUAAGAGAAAGUUUACAAAUAACAACUGAACGUGAAUAUGCAAUGACACAACAAAAACGAAAAGUUGAAAAUUUAGAAAAACAGAUAAAAACUCUACAAAAUGAAAUUGAACAUUUACGUACUGAAAAUAAUGAACAAUCUCAAAUAAUUUUACAAUUACAAUUUGAAUUAAAUGAACGUAAACGUCAAUAUGAACAAAGACUUGAAGAACAAAUAAAACAUCUUGAUAAUGCUUUUAUUUCACAACAAGAAAAAAUCUUAGCUGAAUUAAGUGAAAAAGAUUCUCAAAUAGCUGAUUUAGAAAUGGAUCGUACAAGUAUUGGUGCAUCAAAUCGUGCAAAUACGAUUGAAAGAUUAAAUACAGAAAAACAACAAUUACAUAAUCAACUCAAAGAACUCACGGAAAUUCGAAUGAAAAUAAUUCAAAAUCACAUGGCAUCUAAACAGGAAUAUGAAGACAAAGAAAAAUUAGUAUCAUUUUCACCGAUUUUAGAUAUGCCACGUAUUGCAAUACUUCAUCCAGAUUUAGGUAUUGGUGGUGCUGAACGUUUAAUUGUUGAUAUUGCAUUAGCAUUAAAAUUCUAUGGACAUGAUGUUGAUAUUUAUACAAAUUUUCAUGAUAAACGACGAUGUUUUGAUGAAACACGUAAUGGACAAUUAAAUGUAUUUGUUGCAUGUUCAUGGUUUCCAAGAAAUAUAUUUGGAAGAUUUCAUGCUUUAUGUGCAUAUAUUAGAUUUAUUCUUCUUGCUAUAUAUGUUGUUUAUAUAGGAUCAAAAGAAAAAGAAUAUGAUGUUUUUCUAUGUGAUCAAAUAAGUGCUUGUAUACCAGUUUUAAGAAGAACACAAAAACCAAUUCUAUUCUAUUGUCAUUAUCCAGAUCAAUUAUUAACAAAAAGAGAAUCAUUAGCAAAGAAAUUAUAUCGAUGGCCUAUUGAUGUUUUUGAAGUGUAUACAACAUGUCUUGCUGAUCGUAUUCUAGUGAAUAGUGCAUAUACACAAUCAAUUUUUGAAAAAUAUAUUUCAUCAAAAAUUUCAGUGAAUAUUCUUUAUCCAACAAUACCUGAUCAAAUUGUAUCAUCAUAUUCUAAUGAGAAUGAAAAAUCAAUAAAUUUUCUUUCAAUAAAUCGAUUUGAACGAAAAAAAGAUUUAAAACUUGCACUCCAUUCAUUUGCAUAUCUUCGUACAUUACUUAAUUCAAAUAUACAAUCAAUACAUUUAUAUAUAAUUGGUGGUUAUGAUGAACGUUUACGUGAAAAUGUUGAAUAUUAUAAUGAACUUGUACAAUUAGCUAAUGAAUUAAAUCUUGAUUCAUCAUUAGUAACAUUUGUUCGAUCAUUUUCUGAUGAACAAAAACGUAAAUAUUUAGCAAAAGCUCAUUGUAUAUUGUAUACACCACGUUUUGAACAUUUUGGUAUUGUUCCACUUGAAGCUAUGCAAGCUGAACGUCCAGUUAUAGCAACAGCAACAGGUGGACCAUUAGAAACAAUAAUUAAUAAUGAAACAGGUUUUUUAUGUGAUGAACCAUUAAUUGAAACAUUUGCUAAAUGUAUGAAAGAAUUUAUUGAUAAUAAAAAUUUAUCAAAACAAAUGGGUCAAGAAGGCAAACGACAUGUGAAUGAAAAAUUUUCAUUUAAACCAUUUGCUAAAAAACUUAAUGAACAUAUAAAUGAAAUUUUAAUAAGAAAAAAUAAUUCAAAAGAAAAUUCAUUUUUAUUGUUAAUCAUUCUUUUUUGUUUUAUUUUAUUAAAGAAAAAUAUGCGUGAUAUUAUUUAUAUAACAUCAUUGGAACUUCAUAAAUCUCUUGAUAAUAUUGAAAAAAUUCGUCAUCGUUCAUAUCUUGUGGAUGCACUUAUUCAAGCAUAUGAACUUGAUAAACAUAAUCAUUUUCGUUUUAUACAACCACAAUUAGCAACUGAUAAUGAACUUGCAUCAGCACAUGAUCGAGAUUAUUUAGAUUUUUUAAAUUUUAUUUCAAAUAUAGAUCCUAAUCAUGAACAAUUAUAUAAAGAACAAAUGGAUUUUUAUAAGAUAGGAUAUGAAUGUCCAUCAUUUGAACAAUUACCUUCAUUUUGUAAAUGGAUCGGAGGUGCAUCAAUAACAGCUGCUAAAUAUCUAAAUCGUUCUAAUAAUAAUAUUGCUAUAAAUUUUUUUGGUGGUUGGCAUCAUGCAAAACGAUCUGAAGCAUCUGGAUUUUGUUACAUAAAUGAUAUUGUUAUGGCUAUCAAUGAACUUCGAAAAAACUUUGAUCGAAUAUGUUAUAUUGAUUUAGAUUUACAUCAUGGUGAUGGCCUCCAAGAAGCAUUUUAUUGCUCAUCAAAAGUAUUGACUGUUUCAUUACAUAAAUAUGAAGCAGGAUUUUUUCCAAUUAAUUCAGGAGGGCUUGAUGAAAUAGGUGAAACAUGGGGACGUGGUUUUAAUAUAAAUGUACCGCUUCAUCAUGGUAUUAAUGAUGAUCAAUAUCUUUCAUUAUUCAUGCGUCUUUUACCAAAAAUAAAUUCUUCAUUUCAACCAGAAGUUUUUGUUGUGCAAUGUGGGGCUGAUACAUUAUUUGGUGAUCCAAUGAAAUCAUUCAAUUUAACAACGAAAUGUAUUAUCAAUUGUAUUGAACAAAUAAUUAAUUCAAAUAAACCAACACUUUUAUUGGGUGGUGGGGGUUAUAAUAUAGCUGAUACAGCUCGAUUAUGGACAUUGAUUACUGGUAUUUGUUUAAAUGAAAAACUUGAUAAUGAUAUACCUGAACAUGAUUAUUUUUCAUAUUAUGGUCCUGAUUUUACACUUGAAACAUGGCCAGGAAAUCGAACAAAUAAAAAUAGUCAAAAAUAUAUAGAUAGUUUAUUAGAUUAUAUUGAACACAAUCAAAUUGAUAUUAUGAAACAUAAAAUUUGUCAAUAG